AUGCCACAACAUCAAACUACUUCUGCUUCAAAAACUACUAAGUCUACUCAAAAGGUUAGCGCUCCUUCCAUGGACAUUCCCGAUGAUGAGAUUCUGGAUGUGGUUCCUCUAUUAGUUAUUCCUUGCGAGGCCCUUGAUUUGAACCAUCCCAUGGAUGCCUCAGCUUCUACAUGCCCCAAUCAAGGUAACAUCUCUAGUAUCCCUUCUGGCUCUACUCCUGUGACUAAUUCUAAGGAAGAUAUACACCACAUUGAUCGUGUUAUAAGAAACCUAGUCACUAGAAUCCUUAAUGAAGGACAUUCUGUGAAGGGAGUCUCUACUCCUCUGUCUAAAAUGCACCCCUCUCCCGAGGUUGAACAACAUAGAAAAUUUGUGGCAUCUAAAACUGCCAAUGCUUCCCACUCUAAGAAGCAGGAUAAUGUAAACGAUGUGAUUGACCUAGAGGAUGAUAGGUCUGAUGAUAAAGAGGAUAGCUUACUUCAUCAUUUAAAGCCAAGUGUGGCUAAAUACAUGAAGACUCGAAAAGGAAGAUUUGUGCCUGAACUUAUGUCAGCUAGAAAAGCUAAGAAGAUUGCUGGUAUUGGGCCCUCCAAAUCUUGGAGAAAGGUUGAAGUGAAGAAGAGGAAGGUUGGAGAAGAUUUUGAGUCUGAAGAGGGUGUUGAGGAAGAUGUCCCUGACACCUCUCCUGUGAAGAAAACCAUUGUGAGGAAGUCUCAUGUUAAAGUUGUUGUUGUGCAUUUGGAUAACAUCUCUUUACAUCUUAAGGAUGGAGCUGCCAAGUGGAAAUUUGUGAUUCAAAGAAGGGUGGCUGUGGAAAGGGAGUUGGGAAAGGAUGUUGUUGAAGUCAAGGAGGUCAUGGACUUGAUAAAGGUUGUUAGGUUGUUGAAGACUGUGGCUGGGUUCUCUCAAUGCUAUGAGGGUGAAUUGGAAGCUACAGACAAUGAGGUAUGUAGAGAGAUUACAGCUAGGCAGGUGAAAGGUUGGCCUAUUAAAAAACAUCUUCCUGCUGGGAAGUUGAUUGUCAAGUAUGCUAUAUUGCAUAAAAUAGGAGCUGAAAAUUGGGUGCCUACCAACCAUAUUUCCACCAUUGCUAAUACCCUUGGAAGGUUCAUUUUUGUUGUUGGAACCAAAGUGAAUUUUGACUAUGGUAGAUUUAUGUUUGAACAAAUCAUCAAGCAUGCAUCUACUAAUGCAAUUAAGCUUCAUAUUUCCUUUCCCUCUAUGAUCUGUGGGAUUAUCCUGAAUCAACACCCUGGUAUUCUAUGUUCUAAUGACUUACCAAGUAGAAAAAAACCUGUUAUGUAUGUGCACUAUAAACUGUUUAAAGGCAGUCAUGUCGAAGAUAUUGUCAUGACAUCUGCCAUGAAAAAGCCAACCUCAAAAGUUGGAACAAUUGCUGAGCUUAAGGAGACUUGUAAAGAGCUGGGUGAAGGGAUAAGGGUAGCAACAUCUAGGAAACAACCAUUGGAAGCCUUGAUUGCAAGCUUGGAGCAAGCUGAAGGUGAAAAUAUUGAACAUGCUAAGGAAGUUGAAACCCACACCUCUAGUGAGAGCUUGCUUACAGCUGAUUAUGUACUUGGUUUUGUAACCCUUUAA